UCAGUCAACAUUCUUUGAAUGCUGUUGUUCGCCAUGACUAUUUAUUAAUACUUGAUUACGGCUUUUGCUCCCAGUACAUCCUCUGGAGAUUUUGGCUGAAGUUAGUUAAAUGACAGAAACUGUUGAUCGUCAUGUGGCGCCAUCAUCACGCUUCUGGUUGUGCGACUCCAACUUCCCAGAGGCGGAUAGUUUCAAACCGCACCGACACAAACAGCAGACAGACACACAGACAGAUAGACUGACUGACAGACAGACAGACAGGCAGACCUCUGGUGCUCAGGGACAAAAUGUGGCAUCGAGAGGAGCUUUUGAAAUCCAUCUGGCACGCAUUCACAGCCCUGGACUUGGAUCAUCGUGGAAAAGUUUCCAAAUCCCAGUUAAAGCUGAACUAACCCAUGGGAAGAAUAUCUAGUUUGAAAGUUCAACUUCAACAACUGAGGUGCUGUCUCACAACCUGUGCACAGUGAUGAAGAUCCCCCACGAUCCUGUGGCACUUGAAGAGCAUUUCAAAGAUGAUGAUACAGGGCCUCUGUCCAACCAUGGCUACAUGCCGUAUCUCAACAGGUUUAUUCUUGACAAGGUACAGGAGGAUUUUGAUGUGCUGGAGUUCUACAGGAUGUGCUGGACACUGUGUUACAAGAAAAAUAUACACUCUCAACACCUCCUCAUCUCAGAUCGGGAUGCUUUCAAAGUCUGGUGUAUUUUUAACUUUCUGUCAGAGGACAAAUACCCACUAGUCAUCAUCAUUGAAGAGAUUGAGUACUUUUUGCGAAAGAUGAUGGAGGCGAUGGGAAGUGGAUGGAGUGAGGAGAGUUUUGCAGAUUACAAGCUACAGCUGAACACAAAGAACUGCCUGACUGCCUGGGAAUUGAUUGAACUGGUGGGGUUGGGUCUCUUCAGCAAGGGCUUGGACCGCCAGACCCUGUCCAUGGGCAUCACCGAGGUCUUCACUGAGCUCAUACUGGAUGUGCUCAAGCAGGACUACAUGAUGAAAAAGGGCCACAAAAGGAAGAACUGGACUGAACGCUGGUUUGUCCUUCGACCCACCUCGUUGUCAUACUAUGUCGGUGAGGAUGUUGAGGAGAAGAGGGGAGACAUAAUACUGGACCAAAGCUGCUGUGUGGAGUCUCUGCCAGAUAAAGACGGAAAGAAAUGCCUUUUUAUUAUCAAGUGCAUUGAUAAAAGCUUCGAGAUUAGUGCUUCGGAUAAAAAGAAGAAGCAGGAAUGGAUUCAAGCUAUUCAGUCGUGCAUCCAGCAGCUGAGGUUGGGGCUGUUGUCUCCUCACCGUGAGGCCCGGCUGAGGCGACGGGAGCUCCGGCAGAGGCAGCAGGUGGAGGAGGAGGACCUGGCAGAGAGGAUGAAGCAGCUCCAGGCAGCCAGUGACACCAAGCAGAGAGAGCUGGAGGCCAUGAGGAUGAAAAUGGAAGAGGCUGCGGCUAAAGCAGCGCUGGAGGAGCUCAGGAGGAAGAAGACUCAGUUAGACCUGCAGGAUCGCUACAGACUGGACCUAGAGAGAGAGAAAAUGGUGCGUCAGCAGAUGGAGGAGCAGGUGGCUCAGAAGUCCAGUGAGCUGGAGCAGUACCUGCAGCGCGUCCGACAGCUGGAGGACAUGUACCACCGGCUGGAGGAGGCCUUGGAGGACGAGAGGCAGGCCAAGCAGGAUGAGGAGGCCAUGCGAAAGCUGCAGGCCAGGCUGCUGGAGGAGGAGGCAGCCAAGAGGGCCGAGCUGGAGCAGAUCCAGCUGCAGCAGCAGAGGGCGCUGUGUCAGACCGAGGCGGAGAAGCGGGAGCUGAUGGCCGAGCAGCUGGCCAAGGAGAGAGACCUGCAGGCCGCCACGCUGCAGCUGGAGCGGCUGGAGAAGGAAAGACAGGGAGCGCUGGAGCAGUACGAGGAGGUGUCGAGGAAACUCAAACGAGCCGCUACCAAGACUAAGACUUGGAAAGACAAAGUGGCAAAACAUGAAGGGCUGGUGCGUCUCAUCCAGCCAGGUCAUAAAGGACUUCAGCAGAUGACUAACUGGGGUCCAGCAGCGUUUACUGAUGCUGAGUUGGAGCAGAGGAAGAAAUUAUGGCAGGACAGUAAGAACCAGGGAGCUCAGGCUCAGUGAACAUUUUAGAUGAACGACUGACUGAUUGAUCGGGAAAACUCUGGCUGUGUCCGAAAACACUGCAUGUUCACUCUUUCAAGCCAAUAGACACUGUAUAUUCAGUAGUAUGCAGUGAGUUGAAAAGUCAGAUAAUUGUCAUUAUUUCGAAUUCGGACUGAAAACAAAAACUGCAGAAAGAAAAUGUUCAGUGUUAUGUGUGAAUAUUCAGUGAUUUCAGACGCAGCCUGUUCUUAAGAUUUGAUAACAUAAACUUACUGAGCCACGUGGUAGCUGCAAAAACUGCUUCACUUAUAGAAUUUGAGGUACUUUUAAAUAUACAGAGCAGGUUUAAUGCAUUUCUUCUGUACAAAUACCAUCACAUUCGGGAGGGAGAAGUUCAUACUUGACCUUGGAAGACGUCUGGCGAAAUACUUUCAAAUGUCCCACAUGGUGAAAAUAUAUCUUUAUUAUGUUUAGUAUGUCUUAAAAAAAACUUGGACGUGCAAAAUACCACCGCCAUUCCUCUGCUUCAGUGCAACCUAAACAGCCUUUACAUCUGUUUGCUUCCCUCCUGCUCUCUGUGCUCACAUAAACUGCAUUUAAAUACACCCAAGUCCCCAAUAAAUCUGCUCUCAUUUAUAUGUUUUUUCUGUUUCUGUUGUCAGACAACAGAACAAGUAUGAAAUACUGACUGACACACAGCAUGUUAAGUGGAGGUCAUUUCAGAGCCAUUUCCUAGCCGCUACUCUGCACAGAUAAACUACUGAUUUUAUUACAGUAACACCGUCUAAAAAACUCACCGCACACGGGGUAAAAACAACAACUGCGCAGUGAAUUUGGGCAUAUUUUCAUGUAAAAUAAAUAAGAAAAUCCUCUUCUCACACAUCAUUCUCAUUUAUGGUUGUUCAACUGUUUUACUCCAUGCUGUAGGUCACAGACAGAGAGAGUCUUCUUCCUGAAGGGUGCAUGGUCAGAAGCAGAUCAGCUGUAUUUAAAGCUACAGACACAUUUAGAACAGGAGUAAAAACAGUGGUCACAGUGAGAGGAAUCACUUUUGCUGUAUUUUGAGCCGAGACUUGUUGAAAAUGGCCUCAAUAUGCAACCUUUAAGUCAGCGUCUACUUACUAGCUUUCUUUCUCUAACGUCCCGUCUUAUUCAGCAGAUGCAGUUUACCCAGUUGUCAUGGAGAUAGUGAUGAUAGAUCGUGAACCAUCUCUGUGAGAAAUAAGCAAACUUCAUGCACUGAAGACAUAAAUAAGACUGAGGUGUAGUCAAAACCGCUGAAAUAGAGGAGAAAAAAUGGAUCCAUGUUCUCAAUUUAUUCAGCUCCUUUUGUAAUUUUUGUCCGUUGUUUUUCAUUUCAUGCGCUGUUUAAUGUAACUACUUUGCAGUUUUCCAUGUUUUGCGUUGACAAACUUUACUGCCCCAUAAAUGGAGGAAAACAUUUAAGAUUUUACUUGUAUUUAGCAGACUGUAAGAGUAGACAAUUUCCUACACAGCCUCGGUUUAUUAGCUGGAGAUGACUGAACUGCAUUUGUUAAUCAACAUAAUACAACGUAAAACAAUUUAUUUUUCAUGAAAGUGGAUGGCUAUUUUCAUUUCAUAGAUUGAGAACAGCCUUUUUGCAAAUAAAGACACUUAAAUAUGGCUUAAGAAUCCUACAAGCUCUCUCUUUUCUAUUUUAUUGGACCUUGGAGUCUUCGUGUAUCUCUUGAACAGUGUCCACCAGGUGUCACCAUAUGAACAGGAUCCUUUGUUAGUUAGAACCUGAGCAGGAAGUAGUCUGUGUGCUGCUGUUAUUGGCAACUUCAAACAGCAAAACCUCAGAAAAUCUGACGAAGAAGGUGUACAAUAGCAGUACAUAGACAAUAUUUUCGGAUGCUUAGGAGCCUCAGAGUGUCUCCAGACUUUAACCUGGAGUUCUUCUUGCUCUUACCGCUCAUGAAAAAUAAACCUUUUGUCCGUUAGAAGCUUUGUUGGGACUAUUUUGAGACUGAGGCCUCAUUCAAUCAGAUUCAGAUUUCUAAAAAAGCACUGCAGCAGGGAAGGACUGAUCUGACGCUGACCUGCUUUAGCAGACGUGAGCAUCAACCACAGAGCUGCUAUCAGAGUGGUUCUUCUUGUUGGCAGAUGUAAGAAAGAAAACAGUGGAUCUCUACAUGCUCUGGUUACCUCCAUGACAGGCCUGUAGGUGUUUGACAAUAUGACUUCAGUGUUCCUGUAAUCACACAACGAGAUGAAUCGCUCAAUGCACGUGGCAUGCGGUGGUGGGGUCUCGUUUUUUUUGCUGCGUCUCGGUGUUAUAACAAAUCAGUUGGUGCAACAAAGAGAUCCACUGUUCUGAGACAUACGCCUCGCCCUCAUGCUCGAGUGAAAAGAGAGACUCAUUACAGGAAUACUGUAACUGGGUGAAACUGUCAGCUGUGGGUACUUGUUUGUCUCACAAAACUCAGCCCACCUUAAUUUGCCCGUAGAAAAAGAGGAGCUGGAAAAAAAAACUGAGAAAGUUCAUUUUGAGUUCAGAUUUGUUCGAGCAAGAAGUGAGAUGAGAACCUGCAUAUAUUCAUACACUGAUCUAACAGUCGGCACCGUGCACGUCUCUUUACACUGGCGGACUAUUGAGAAAACAUUUACCACAUCAAGAUUCCAAAAAAACAGCCAGUUAUUGGUAGAAUUUGUUUGUUUUCAUUGCAGUAUUUGUCAGGAAUUGUGCUCUGGUGUGCAGUAAACAGAUUUGCUGUUCACAUUUCUUCAGUGAGAGGUAUUUAUAUCCCAGAAUCUGAGAAAAAAUGUGCCACUUUUUUUACUGCAAAGACUAUUCUCAGAAUCUGGAGUUCAUCUCCGUAGCUAAAUUGCACAAGCCCCCCGACAUUCCAAGUAUAAGGAUAUCUGUAGCUGUCUCGCCCUCACCCCAUGUGUCCGAAAAAUGCGCAGAACCAAUUCAUCUGAUUCCCGUCCAAUCAUCGAAACUGAUUUGAAACUGGAAGGCUUUAUGGGAUUGUCUGCCGGUGAAAAAAAUGUCUGGCAGAUGCCUGUUUUCUGAGUUAGAUGACUUCCCACAGUGACCUCAUGGCCCGGAGCGUUUCGCAUAGUUGAACAGUCUCGGGGUUUUAAGCUGCAGAGAGAAGCUGUGGGUCACUUCCACUGAGUUACUUAUCUGAGGCCCUGAUGUUUUUCACUUGCCAAAGUGGGCCAAGAAAACAGACUUUAGUGCAAACUGGAGCAACGCUCACUACCACUGUUCCCUCUAAGCUGCGCACGUGCGCAAUUGCGCACUGCUGACACGGUCUCCGCGCACAGAAAAUCUGCGCUGCGCACAAAAAAAAAAUCCAACCUAAAUUGUAAAUAAAACAAACACGUAACAAUUCAUUCUGUGCUAUUUUUCAAUGUGAGUCAGUGAGUGACCGGUGACUGGCUGCUGCAGCCAAUGAUGCGAUUCACAUACGUAUUUACCAUAGACUGUAUAUAAUGGUAUUUAUGCAGCUAAUCAAUGUCAUUGACAGACGUCCUUAUGUGCAGCCAUCGUUGUUCUCAUAGAUAUGAAUGAGUAGAUAGGACACGCCCCUUUGAGCUGCGCUACAGCGAGGCUAAGCUAGUGGAGGCAAAGUUUCAGUGCAUUCCGUUGAUGUAGAUGGCAUGAAAACGGAAACAAGUAUGCCGGCUCACUGUGCUGCAUACAGUUACACACUGUGUCGUACGAUUGAGACAAGGAAACUUGGAAUGACUUUUCAUAGGUAAGAAUAGUUUUUGGCUCUUUUUUCAUUAUGAAAUCUUGUUGAGAGCUUCCAGUCUAUGAGAGCUAACUAGUUAGCCACUAGCAAAAUGCUAAGGCGAGCUAGCAGCUUGACAACCAAAUACCAGACGAUUAAUAGUAGCUGUAGUAUAGUUGUACAAGCAGUAGUAGUAAUACUAAAAGUACAAGCAGCAGUAGUAGUAUAAACAGCUGUUAGAGUCGUAGAAGUAGUAUCAGCAUUUGUAAUAGUAUUACAAGUUGUAGUAGCAGUGCCAGUAUCAGCAGCAGUAGUUACUGUACUACCACUACUACCAGUAGUAGUCACAUUGCUAUUACUGCCACCAAUACUACCAAUAGUAGUUAUAAAGCCUAACUCAUAUAUCCAGAUUACCAUCUAUGUUCUUCCUCCAAACCCAUUUUAUGAUUGGGAUUACAGGCAGUUCUUUAGAACUGCUCUAAAAUAAUUGAAAUGUUACUAAACAAGGUUAUACUUAGCAAAUUAAAUAGCUCUCGUCUCCAGUAUAUUGGCGAAUUCAGUUCUUUGUACUUAAUUUAUUAGCAUGAUUUCUUUUUUAAUAUGGUGUGUACAGACUUAAUUACUUCUCUGUCUACUUUUCUUACUCCAUGUAGGUUUCCCAGAGACUAUGGGUUGAGGAGGAAUUGGAAGUUUGUCGGCUUCGACCUGGUGUCAUUCCAUCAGUGUUAAACUUCCUGGCUCAUCUUGGAAGAGUACGUGCCAGAAAGACCACGACCAAGCAGCCUUGAGAUCUUAGGCAGCGUCUCCCUGAGGUCUCUCUCUAUCUCCCCACACAUCUACCAACCACUGGAACACAUCUCCAAAGUUCUGCCAGGCCAGCUCAGCUUCCCCUCAGAAGAAGUGCUGCCACCUGCCAGAUGAAGGAGCCUUUUGAGAGGCAGCUGGCAUCGUGAUUGGACUGUACUUUGGUCUGUUCCAAUCCAGCUUCAGCUCCAGAGACGGCAGGCGGGACGAGUCAACGGAGGCCGGGUGGACGAAGGUAUGAAGCUGAGUACAAUCCAGAAAACAACAGAGGAGGAGUACAGCGGUCCAGGGCCAGAACAAGCAGAGUAGCAUCGUAUGUCUCUUAGAAAACAUCAUAGUAUAGAAAAAACGCCAUCAUAUACAUCGUAUAUUGUACAAAUAACAAGUCAGAGGAAAGAGACAUACAUUGUAGAAUUGUAGUAAUUGUGGGCUGACUGGCCUUGGCAAUGGUCGUCGGAAUGUGAAUAACACUGACCACACUUCACAGAGGUUAUAAGCUGAGGCAACAUCAACCACCACCAGAACUGAAGAAGCCUCUUGGAUGAGUGGUGAAACGUCUUCAAGGAACCUUCUUAAAGUCCAGUUGGAUUGAUUUAAACAACUUUGGAUGACUGAUUUACUGAUUAUCAGUAUUUUAUUUUUUACUGAUUUACGGUAAUAAAUAAAUUUAAAAAUGGUGCUACUUUGGCUCUGAACCUUUAUCUACCUGUGGUCGCUCUGUCUUCUGGAGUGAUUUGAUUGGUUAUACGUCACGAAUAAAACUCCUUUAACUUAACAUCUGUAAACAAAACAAAAACGUAUCAACAAAGUUUUCUGUUAGA